UGACACGAUAGACCACAACAUACUAAUUGACCGCCUUGAAUCUUGGGUAGGCUUGUCCGGUCACGUCUUAGAGUGGUUCAAAACAUAUAUUACAGGAAGACAGUUUUUUGUCACCAUCGGAGAAUACGUCUCCAACAAGUAUGAUGUGCCUUUUGGAGUUGCUCAGGGUAGUUGCUUGGGCCCUCUCCUCUUCUCUCUCUAUAUGUUGCCCCUGGGCUCCAUCAUCAGAGAGCACAAUGUUGAUUUUCAUAGCUAUGCCGAUGACACUCAACUAUAUAUCUCUGUCGAGCCUAGCCAAACCACUGCCAUUCAUGCCUUGACUAAAUGCAUGUCUGCCAUUACAGAUUGGAUGAACAGUAACUUCCUAAAAUUAAAUGAAGAUAAAACUGAAGUGUUGCUCAUUGGGCCUAAGAAAAAACGUGCAAAACUCCACUCAAGCCUAGGUGACCUAAGCAUACACAUUAAAGAUAAGGUUACUAGCCUAGGUGUGGUCAUAGACUCAGAUUUGAGCUUUGAGCCUCACAUCAACAAGAUAACAAAAUCUGCUUUUUUCCAUCUUAGAAAUGUCAACAAAGUGCGCGGCUUGGCCCCCGACAAGACGCUGAGAAACUUAUUCAUGCCUUUGUCACCAGUAGGAUAGACUACUGCAAUGCUCUCUUCUCUGGUCUCCCAAAAAAAUUAAUUGACAAAUUGCAACUCAUUCAAAAUUCUGCGGCAAGAAUCCUAACAAGAACCAGAAUGAGAGAGCACAUCUCCCCUGUCUUGGCAGACCUGCACUGGUUACCUGUCUCAUACAGAAUCGACUUUAAGAUUCUGCUCACAGUAUUUAAAGCAUUAAAUGGACUUGCCCCUAGCUAUAUCUCAGACAUGCUCUCUUUUUAUGCCCCUGCUCGAGCUCUCAGGUCCACUGAUGCCAAGCUGCUAAGGACCCCCACCCCCCCGCAGAAGAAGAUCGGCGACGCCGCGUUUGCCUGCUAUGCGCCCAAGAGAUGGAACGCCCUCCCCAUCGAGAUCCGAUCAGCCACCUCCGUCGACUCCUUUAAGAAGCAGCUGAAGACCCACCUCUUCAUCCUUGCCAACUCCUAGCUGCCAAGGCGUCAUAGUGUCCCAGCUGCCGCAGCGCCCUUACUACUCGCAAUCCAGCCCUGGCAGGGGGCUCCCCUAGGUGGCCGCUGGUCUCUGCCUGAGGUUUCUUCCUGACUACAGGGGGUCUUUUUUCUCAGACCUCACUGAGCUUUUUUUUUUUCCCCCUCACAACUAUGAAUCAAGCGAAAGGGAGUUUUUCCUCACCCCUGAUGCCACCAGGGGCCGCACUUGAGCGCCCAAUCUCUGUGUGACUAUCUAUGACUUAUGAUAGGCCCAGCCACUAUGGACCUUACACAUCUAAGAAUCCUGGUCCUAACCUACGUUGACCUUAUAACUCUACAUUCUCUGUCUAUCUCUUCUUCCUCUGCCUUCCUGCUUUUUCUGCCUCUCCUCUAUACCUCUCCUUUUAAAUCUAUCUCUAACAAUGUUUUUUUCCCAUUUGUUAAGCACUUUGAGUUACAUGCCUUGUAUGACACAGUGCUAUACAAAUACAAUUAUUAUUAUUAUUAUUAUUAUUAUUAUUGUGAGGAAAGUAAAGUCCCCUGUGCAAUACUUUCAUUCAAUUUAGUCGGUGUCAGUGCUUUUGGCAGCAUCACAGAAGCUGGCGGUUGCUUGGACUUUUUGCAAUCGAUGUACAUAUUUUGUGCCUUGUAAAUACAGGUGGAGAAAGGUGUUCCAUGAUACAAACGUGAAACACACACUGAAAUCUUGGUACUGGUGGCUGGAGUUCAAGAGCUGAAUCAACUCAAGGCUCUUUGGAAAUAUUAUGCACAAUUGAGAGAGGCACUGAACAAUUUUGUAAAGAUUCACAGGGGAAACGUGAAACUAGAAGUGAGAGAUCUCUGCACUGUGUGGCAAGCUAGACACCCUAGAAAUAGCUUUCAUGGGACACUUCUGGGAUACAAUACGGCUGCCCUCCAGGACACCACCCUGCAGUUGCAGAAACAUGACAUUGACAUGCACACGACUACACAGGCUCUCCUGUCACUUCAUGACUUUGGCACAGAGAGACAAUUUUGCCUUUUUGAAGGGUCAGCUUUAAGUGUUACAAAUUCAGUCUCCCAAGUCGACAGACAUGACCUCGAGCACACAAAGAAGCGCAAACGUAUGGCUGAUGAGAGUGCUGAGCUAGGUGUUGAAAUUAGUGGAGAAGAAGUUUCGCACUGAAAUGUUCCAUUUUCUAAUUGACAAACUUGUGUCCUGUCUAAACCAUCGGUUAAUUGCAACACACACCACAGCAUAUCCCAUUGACCUGACCAUGAGCUUGGCAGAUGAACUUGUUUAGUACAAAUCGUUCAUUUUAGAUGAACAAAAAGUGGCAAAAUACAAUGGCAUUUAGACCAUUGGUAAAUUAUCAUGGUAAAUUUUAAUUUUAAUUUAUAGUCUUCUUUCCCAAAUGUUUAUAUAACACUUGGACUUCAGGGGUGAGUGGGGGUGCAAUGCAGACCUCCCACAAUCCAGCCCGGGGGUCGGGCGCUGUCUUUCAGCACCUUGUUCGACCUGUAACUGUAACUAAGAAUAAUGGUGAUUAUUAACUUCCCCACUCAGUGCAGUGUCACACCAUCUCAAUAUUGAAGUUAUCCUAAAUCGAGAAUUUUUAUCUUUUCUGUCCUUUCAUUCUCGUAUUGUGCAGAUGAGCAUAUGGAACUGAAACUUGGAACUGAAAUCUCCUGUGUCGUGGUUCACAGUGCGGAUUUUAUGUCUUGCGUAAACCAGAGUUUAGUUUGAAUCUUACUAUAUUUGAAAUACAUACAAAAGAGGCUGCCGUAGAACAAGAAAACAUGUCGCAAACAGCUGUUAAAAUUUUAUGAAUUCCGGGUGAUAAAAAUAAAUACCGUGCGCAAUCAAUAUUUAAUAGAAGAGACAGUAUGCGCAAAGAACCCUAGAAACGGAAACUGGCCUGGUUAAAAUGACUGGAUUUUAGAUAGAAGGGUAUUUUUUUCAAUCCUCAUCUAAUGUACAACAUAUAAAUCCGCACGCAAAAUGGUUAAUUUCUUCACAACAAAGUCAUCUGUGGCAUGGGACGUGGAAGGCGACCGGUUUGAUAGGCCUACGUGCCUGAACUUGUGUCAAAUAGCACCCAUACUGAAUACGUUGCAGAAUCCCCUGUUAAACCAGUGUUAAGUCCCUGUAGGAUUCAGCAACGAGUAAGGGAAGCCAAUUGUACGACCUGCUUCACAGAUGGACGUCGACUUACACCAAUAGAAACCUACAUGGGCCGGCGCAACGGCUGUAGAAGCUGAGAGGUUCCCCUUGUAGUUACCAACUCCUCGCUCGUGUCCGAUUUCGGAAGAGAAGAGAGCAGACGGAUAUGGACAUUUGGUGAAUUAUUCGUUUGCUUUUUGUAAUCAGUGCAGGAAACUACCGUUUCAUGUGGAUCAUGCUAAUGUCCCCCAACUGAUCGUGUAACGACGAUGGACCUGAAUAACCCAUCUCCACCCACCUCUUCUCCUCCUGUGGAAGAAGAGGGAUUGUCAGGCACAGACACUGACCCCCACAGUCCCAAGUCUUUCACUUCUGAACCGCUGGCUCCGUCAGCCACCACACUACUUCCAGAAAGUCCUACCCAGUCUUUAUCCAACUCUGACGCUCCUGCCACGACUGACGGCAAGUCUCCAGCAGCAGCAUGCCCCGAUCAGCCAGAGACGCCCAGCAGCACCUCCCAUGCUGCCUCAGCCAACACAACCACCCCUGCGGCCUCUCCAGGUCCUCCUAAAACAACGCAGGUGUGCUUCAGCCUAGCAAACAGUGACACUGGGUCGUCACCUGACACCACAGCAUUGUUGUCCUCUUCGCACAGUGUUCCACAUUUGUCCCUGCCAGCCUCUGAUUCACAACAUGAGGAUUCCCCGGCCGGGACAAGUGCGUUACCGCGACCCAAAAGCUUUCAAAACCUGGCCAGGAGGGUGAUUAUGCAUGAAAGAAUGAAGAAAGCCGCAGCAGAGUCCUUUGAAGAAGAGGAAGACGAGGACUUGACCUUUGAGGAACUGGAGGAAAAGGCCAAGGGUGGCGAUGCAAGAGCCCAGUGCCAGCUGGGUAAAUACUACCUGGACCUGGCUGAGGAGAAAGACAGAGAUGUGAACAAUGAGCUGGCAGUGAACUGGUUCAUAAAGGCAGCUAAACAUGGCUACAAAGCUGCAUCCAAAUAUCUGCAGCGCUGCUGGAUUCAGAGGAAAGGUAUCACUCCAGAGAAUGAGGAGCAGGUGCGAAAGCUCUCCACAGAGAGCAAGUUUGAGAUGGCGGUGAGGCGCGCCGCCAUGAUGAUGUUCCAGAAGCUCAACCCUGACGGCAAGAAGGCCGUGGGCAUGUCCGAGAUGCUGGAGAAUGUCAAUGCAGUGCCAGGCAAAGUUCCCACCUCUGUGGACCAACAAAGACAGGUCCUGGAGAGCAUGGUCGGAGGAGAAUCCCAAGUUGACCUAGACCAUUUUGUGGAAAUCACAAAGCAAUAUGCCCAAGGCAUUGCACCUGGUAACAUACUGGAGGAGGAGCAGCAGAAAGAUGCUGAGGAGACAGACAAGCGUCCACAGGAAUCAAGACGGCAUUCCCACGGACACCGCCGGAUGCUGAAGUCUAGCUGGGGCGGUGGGAUGAUGCUGGCCACCAAACGCAGUGGCGCCAUGAAGAGAGCCAUUGAUAUUAAAUCUCACUUCCUGGGCCUCCAGUACCCCAUCCACGCCAUCAUGGUCUUGAAGGACCAGCUAAUCGACUGGGCGUCGCGAGCCGGCGUCCAGUGGCUGAGCACCAUCAUCCCCACGCACCACGUCAACGCGCUCAUCUUCUUCUUCAUCAUCAGCAACCUCACCGCGGAACUGUUCGCCUUCGUCAUCCCUCUGCUCAUCUUCUACCUGUCCUUCAUCGCCAUGGUGAUCUGCACGCUCCGCAUCUUCCACAGCAGCAAGGGCUGGGAGAACUUCAGCGCCCUCACGGCGCUGCUCAUCCACUUCGAGCCCACUCUGGACGUGGAGCAGGCUGAGACCAACUACGGCUACAACCAACUGGAGCAGUACUUCUACUUCCUGACCUCUGUCGUGUUCGUGAUAUUCACGUUCCCCGUGGCGGACAGAGGGUGGAUCCCGUGCUCGGAGCUAUCCACGGUGGCCAUAUUCUUCACGAUACUUAGUUACAUGAGCCUCAGCCCCACGGCUGCUACGUAUGCGCGGAAGGCCAUCAUCAUUGAGGUGGCCUCGUCUGUCUGCACCAUGACCCAGUACCUGCCUGAGACCAUGGUCGCGGCUCGCAUGCUGGGCACCACGUACGCCACGCUGCCUCUUGGACAGUCGGUCGUGCUCAAACUCAGCCUGCCCUGUCUACUCUACAUCUACCUCUUCUACCUGUUCUUCAGGAUGGCGAGGAUGCGCGGCUUCAGCGGCAUCUACUGCUUCCUGGUACCUUACCUGGUGUGCUUCAUGUGGUGGGAGUUCUCGGUGGUCCUGCUGCAGUACUCCACCGCCGUGGGCCUCAUGCGCACCUGCGUGGCCUACUUCCUGCUGCUGUUCGCCCUGCCUGUCCUGGCCAUGGGCUUGGCCCUCUUGCUCUUCAUCCAGAUGGUCAAGUGGUUCCUGGCGCUGGAGCUGACCAAGAUGCUGGUGACGCUGGCCGUGUGCGCCGUCCCCGUCACGCUGCGCCUCUGGACCCGCUUCAGCCUGUCUCUCUUGGACGUCUUCCGCUCCAUCACGCACCGCGGUCCCGUCAAGCUCAUCCUCAUCUGCAUCUGGACCGUGGUCAUGCUCUGCGGCCUCUACCUGUACAACGUCGAGGGCAUGAAGGUCUACAACUCCACGCUGACCUGGCACCAGUACGGCAAGUACUGCGGGCCGCCGGCGUGGGAGGCGCGCGGCAUGGCGCAGACGCAGAUCUGGUGCAGCCACCUGGAGGGCCACCGCGUCACCUGGACGGGCCGCUUCCGGCACGUGCGCGUGGCCGAGACGGAGAACGGGGCGCACUCGGUCAUCAACCUGCUGCCGGUGUUCAUGGCCGACUGGAUGAGCUGCCUGUAUGGAGAGGUCUACCCCAAGUGUGACCCGGUGAACAACACCGCCACGGUGAACCCGUCAGCAGCGAACAACGUCAUGCCCUCGAGCCUGGAGCAGCUGAUGCGGCAGCGCGAGCAGGAGGACCUGUGCCAGAUCAAGGCCCUGGCCAAGCACAAGUGCCACGUGAAGCGCUUCGACAGCUACUGGUUCGAGGUGACGGUGGGCAUGCCGGUGGACGCCACGGGCGCCUUCGUGGACGACCCGGGCUUCGACAUCGUCCUGCGCGCCAGUCACGAGUUCCAGCAGGUGCUGCUGAACCUGGACCGCGGCAGCAUGGUGGAGUUCAGCACCAAGCUGGAGGGCAGCAAGCUGGGCUCCAAGCUGCCGGUGUUCGAGCUCAAGGCCAUCCACUGCCUGGACUGCAAGUCCACUCUGAUGCCCGAGGGCCGGCAGGUGAAGAUCGAGCGCAACUGGCGCCUGAGCAUGAUGCGCGCCAUGAAGUUCGCCUUCGACUUCUUCUUCUCGCCGUUCCUCUCGGCCAGGAUCUAAUGGGCUCAUUACAAGCACAGGCUUUUUAAAAAAAGAUUACUGUCUUUUUGACUUUAUUUAUGAUAGCACAGUGAAGAUGGUGACAGGAAGCGAGUGGGAAGAGAGAGAUGGGGAAGGGCUGGCAAAGGACCCGGGCCAGGAAUCGAACCCAGGUCGGCCGCAUAGUAGACGAGUGCCCCACCGUUAGGCCACGGUAGGGCCUACAAUCACAGGCUUUAUAGGUGGACAGGUCAAACAAAACGAUUGUGUCAAAGCCAAAAAUCUGACAUGGGAGAGAAGCAAUAUCACUAUUAAAAAAAAAAAAAAUGAUUUACCAGAUUUAUCAUUCGAAAGAGACCUCCAUGAAAUGUGUAUUCAUGUUGUCUGUGUGCCAUAAUGUGUUAUUUAAAAAUAAUUGAGCUCAUCUUUGUCUAAGCAGCUGUCUUAAUUAAUAUACAUAAGAUCACAAGAUGACAAGAAUCAGCUUCUCAGCGAUGAAGCAGUUGAAUGAAAAUGUCUGCUCUUGUUAUAACACUGUAAGAAAUAAUUGAACACUCAGAGGAACUUUUCUAGCAAACUGUUGCACCAUCCUUCAUGUCUUAAACAAAGCAGCAGUUCACAGAUUAUAAGAGGUUCUGCUGCUAUGCACAAUCUUCAAUCUUCUGCUUAUUUGGGACUGUGCACUGGAAAGGGAAUUCACAGUUCUGACAAUGCAAUGUGUGCCAUUUAACAGCGGGUAUGUAUCAAUAUGUAAUUGAAUUGAAUCUUUUUUUUUGAUAACUUUUGGAUAAAAUCUGGAUUUAAUAACCAUGUUGAAAGAACAAUGGGGUAGUGGUGACCUCUUUUGAAGCCCAAUAUCACUGGUUUAACAUGUGGUGUCUUGUAAUGUGUUAUGAGGAGGAAGUUUCUGAACUUGAUCCAGAAGAGCCCACCCCAGUGCCUUUAUUUUGAACUGUCCUAUUGACUGUACUCAGUCUUGGCUUCCUGUAUUUGUAGGGACAUUUUUUUUUUUUUACCUUUUAAAUAUUUUGUGAUUUUCUGAAAAAAGUAGUAAUUGUAGCCCUUUUGUUGUCUGGUUGACAUCUUAAAUAUUAGUACAAUAUUGUGCGUAUUCUCGCUGGAUUUCGGUGUUAAAAUUGAUUUUGCUCGAAUUGAUGAAAAAAGAAAUAGAAGUAGACAUUCCACUUCGUCUUCAAAUGUUUACCCUCCAUUUUCACCAUUUUAUGACAUCAUUAUUGGGGCGGGGCCGAAUUCUCAGUAUUAUAAGUGCCUAAACUAUGCUAAAUUUGGUGAUUUUUCUUGUUUUGCUGAAAGCCAUACUGUUCAUACGUAUUGUCCACACUCUACACCUCAUGUUCUUCCACACAUUCAGCCCCACCCCAUGCCCAGAGUCCAUGCGUUCACACACACACACACACACACACACACACACACACACACACACACACACACACACACACACACACACACACACACACACACACACACACACACAAAGAUGGAUGAUGAAAAUUUGAAGACAAAAUCUUGUUGUUUUACAUCUGUACAAGCAAAAUUGGCAUCAAAUUUCAGUGAGACCUUUUUUUUUUGACAGGGUACUGUACUAUAUCCAACUGGACAAUAUGAUAAUGAAUUUUGCUUGAAAUAUUUGUCUAACCAUAGAUGGACUAGAUAGUACAAAGCAGCCAGCUCUAGUAGGCCUACAUACUAUAUUCUUUUGUUUUUUUUGCAAUAACAGGAAACUCUUUUACCCUCGCCCUCUCUGUUGUCCUGUUGAGAUUAAAGUAUUAUUAUUAAAGCAUUAAAGCAUUGUUAGCAACCUAUCAGUGAAGUGAGGGCCUUGGUCAGCUACACAAGACUGUUAUCAUCAUUGCACAGACUUUAUUUGUUUAGCUCCAGCUUUCGAGCAUUUUAAGAGAAGUGCUGAUGAUAGUAAGAGUGCUACGAGUAUGAUAAUGGUGAUUUUACAACUUGUCCAUGGGGUUCUCUCUAAUAUGUCCCGUCCUCACCAUGUGCAUGUGGCCUUGCGUUUUCCUGAUGCCCCACCUACGUGGAGAAAACGAUUAAGUUUCCUCGCUGUCAGCCUAGCCAAAACAACUUUUGGGGGGACUUCAUUCACCAUCCUGAUUGCACAUGAGAAAAUGACAUUAGAAUUGCACUUUUGUGAGAUAUUGAAAUACACUUCUGUCGUCAGUGAUGUCACCACAAGGCCACAAGCAGGCAGGGGAGGAUGGUAGUUUGGAUAUUAGUAAGAAUCCUGAUGUCACCAGGGUGCUACUAAUGUGAGCGAGAGUAUGCACACUCACUUACAAAAUCAAACUUAACUGGACAACCUCACAGUAGUGAUGAAUCAAAACAGACCUGACCAGUGAGAGAGGGUUCAUUCAUUGGUUCUAUGUGUUAACAAAGACCAUUGGAUUACUGAAGCAUGUACAUAUGCAUCAUUGAGCCCAAAAUGAAUUGUUCCAGAAUUUGUAUUAUUUACCACUUUGUUUUACAAAUGUAUCCACAUGAUAGACCUUGCAUAAAUUACUCAUUACUAAAUGUUGUGUCAUUUCCCAAGUUUCAUGUCCACAUUAUUUACUACUAAUACCCCCGUGUUUGAUUUAUUUUUCAAUGUGUACCUAGUAAUUGUUUGCACUUCACUUGGAUAUGCCUACUACAGUAUUUUGCUUAAAUAUAAGGUUUUAUGGCAAUAUUUUAAAAGGUUAAUAGUUUAGAAAUGAAUCUCUGAAUAAUGUGCAAGAAUGUCCAUCUAAGUCAAGUGCAACCAAAUACUAAUUCUGUAACAGUUCAACCAGGUCGUUUGCUAGUGUUGUG